UGGGGAAUGCUUACGAGGCCGGAAGCCGUUGUUGGAGUGUGGUCAUCGCAAAGUCUUUGGCGCAUUGUUUAUGCUUGAGGGGAUUUAUAUGAGAAGCAGAAGAACUCGCCGGCUACUAGUAUUUCUGACGUCUGAAGCACCUUUUCCGCUGAGUGGAGAUUGUCUAGCUUCUGCAUUGGCAGGGCAUGUGUCGUAAGUCGCUUCUCAUCCUAAAGAUACUUUUCUUUCCACUGCGCGACGGCCAACAUGCCUAGAAAAUCUGCUGAGCAAACGCUGCGUCUGAUAGGACCGUCGGCACGUGUCUUGAUAGCCCUGGCGAGAGGUCGGACAAUUACUCUCGAGCCAACUGUCGUGUUGCACGGGUGUCAGGUCGCUUAUUGAGAAGUUUUUUCUAUCUUUGGGUAAACCGAAGCUUGCAGUCUUGGCCCAGAACUUGGCGAUAUUCGCGGCGCUGCCGCUUUUUUCAGAGACUCUGCGUUUUGGCGUAAACCUUCUUAACGAGCUUGCAAGUUUGCCCUGCUGCGAUUGACUUAAGAUCCAGCACUUGGAGGAAACUCUUACUUGUAUCUUUGUUCCCGGCUUGUCCUAUAAACAAAUAGGAUACGUAUUUUAAACCGCAGCCUAUCGGUCUUAAACGCGGCCGUUCUAAUGUUUUUUCCACUGUUGAACUGCGGCGCAGGAACACAAAUACUGCAAUCAAAGUUGCGUAACUGAGCGAAGUAAGCAUUAUUAAAUUCAAUAAAUAUGCUUACAGUAGAUUAAUUGCACUUCUGUUUCUAGAGUGGAAUGUAGCUUAUAACAUUUGACAGUAACGUUCGAGUAUGUCGAUUGCUAAAAGUCUCGUCAUGGUAACAUAUGAAACUUUCAUAUGCAUCGAAAAAAAACGCCACUUUCAACGCGACAUUGCAAGCAGUGAGAUACGGAGAUAAAAAUGGAGUCAGCAAGUGAAAAUCAAGAAAUUCCAAUGCUGUUGCUGAUCGACACAAUUAACCAGAUGAUUACCGACGAGCAGGCCGCAGGGCACAUGAAUACCGGCGACAAAAUUUAUGUGUUCGUCCAAACCUCGGAGGAGUUAUCUAGGACGGUGGGAAAAACUAUCACCUUUCACCAAGUAAUCGACAGUUACAACCGUUACCGGGAGAAGUUUGACGCGGUGAACGCGAAGGUUAAAUACCUUAAGAAAGGUGCGAGCCAAUUGACUUUAGACGAGAUUGGGAUUUACAAAAUAUUCAAGAAAACUAAAUACUAUUUAUGAGGCAAAGAUAUAUUUUUGAUUGUAUAAUUCUAUUUGAUUAUUAUAAAGUAUGAUUUUGAAUAAAAUAAAUUAAACUUUUGCAGGGAAACCGGCGCACGAGGUACUUCUCUACUUCUUGGUGCUUCAAUGGUGAUUUUCUGCAUAUCAAUUAUUCGGUUUUGCAUCCCCUUUUUUGCUUCAUGAAGUAAAACGUCACAAUGAUUUAUAAAUAAAAUGUUUUCACGAAA